UAGAAUAUCGUGAAGAUCACGACAUCGGUUACAAAUCUGUCAUACUCAAGGUGUAAUAAAAAUUGUGCAAUAGCUUUUCUUUAUUAUUAGAGAUAUCUGUUAGCUGUCUCGUCAUCCAGACGGAAUUGAAGUACAGAAGACUGUUUGCAGCCAAAGAACAAGAUGUCAGGAAAAGAGAGGAUCGACGUAUUCCCCUCUAGAAUGGCUCAGACCAUCAUGAAGGCCCGUCUGAAGGGGGCCCAGACCGGCAGGAACCUACUGAAGAAGAAGGCUGAUGCUCUCUCCAUGCGCUUCCGUCAGAUCCUCCGCAAGAUCAUUGAGACAAAGACCUUGAUGGGCGAAGUGAUGAGGGAGGCGGCCUUCUCUUUAGCUGAGGCGAAAUUCGCUGCUGGCGACUUCAGCACCACUGUCAUCCAGAAUGUUAACAAGGCCAAGGUGAAGGUUCGGGCGAAGAAGGACAACGUGGCAGGUGUCACUCUACCUGUGUUUGAGCUCUACCAAGAAGGAGGGGACAGUUAUGAGCUGACUGGUCUGGCCAGGGGAGGAGAGCAGCUCUCCAGGCUGAAGAGGAACUAUGCUAAAGCAGUGGAGCUGCUGGUGGAGUUGGCCUCCUUACAGACUUCCUUCGUCACACUGGAUCAAGCCAUAAAGAUCACCAACCGCCGUGUGAAUGCCAUCGAGCAUGUAAUCAUCCCCCGUAUUGAGCGGACCCUCAGUUACAUCAUCACAGAGCUGGAUGAGAGGGAACGAGAAGAGUUCUACAGGCUGAAGAAGAUCCAGGAGAAGAAGAAGCAGAUGAGGGAGAGGACUGAGAAGGAGAUCGCCAUCCGUCUGGCCAAGCUGGGCCCCAUCGCUGAGCCGUCCAACAUGCUGACGGAGGAAACCGACGAGGACCUGCUGUUUGAGUGACAUGCCGUCAUUCCCAUUACAGUCAUCCUAUUUAUUCAUGUUGUCUUGUUCUAAAAAAAAAGUUAUGUUUUUGUGUACACCGGUGAUGUUUUGUUUUCAGUAUUGGAGAUGUCCCAGAUGUAUCCCUGUAUUGAACUACGAGGUUUAAACUGUUAGCAGCAAUGUCAGAACUUUGCUGCUAACAGCAAUCACAUCAGUUCACUAGUGCAUUGACGUUAGUUAUCUUUUGAAUACUUAAAGCAGCGAAUAAUAUAUAGAUUAAGUAAAGUAACAUGGUUUACAUAUGUGAACUGUAUUCAACAUUCCAUCUGAUUGGGUGAGGACAUAGAUGGCUCUGUAAAGUUUACGGUUUCACCAGAACACUCAAGUCAAUGCAUGCCGUCAUUCUGUACAGUAAUAACAGUGUGGUCGUUCUUUUCCCCCGAAGUGUGAGUGUCUGCUUUGUGGAGGCUAGUCCCUUCCAUGUUGGCCCCAUGAGUGGGGUUAUAUUGAACAUAGCAGAAUUACAUUCUAUUUCUAUGGCAUUGACCCUUUACAGGAGGAUGGCUAACAUGUAGGUACCUGAUCCUGCUGUUGCACCCUGAGGGCAACCCCUCCUGUGUCAGAGCACUUCAUCCAAAUAAAGAUUCUGUAUAUUC